AUGGGCUAUAAAAAAGAAACUGAUGAAUCUACUGAUAAAACUGCUGAUAAAUCUGUUUUUUUUUUAGAUAGCGAAGAAGAAAGUGGAAUCAUAGUGUUAAGUUCAUCCAAAGAUAUUGAGAAAAGAUUAAAAAUUCGAGAGUGCAAAGCAACAGAAGGAGCUUCCUUGAAUAGCAUUUUUAUCAAAGCAUGUCUUAUUCCAUAA